UAGUAAAAAGAAAUCAAAUUGUUUAUUGUGCCAAGGGGCUUCCCAUCCCUGUUUUUGGUUAUCUUCCUCCCAUGAUGUCACACAGAAGAGUUUCACAAGAUAGUUUACAAUACUUAGGGGCAAACCGUUGUCAGUUCAGUUCAAACAAUUUUGAGCUCAAAGCGGAUUUACUAGGACGCAUCCGAUCUGUCUCCUAAAAUAAGACGCGAGGCUGCAGAUCCGACGGCGGCGUUAUCGUCAUGAUUUUUUCUUCCUUACCCAGGAUUUACCAAUUCAUCCUGGCUGAGAUUCUCAUGUAAAUUGGGUUCGUAUUGGGAAACAUCCUUCGCAUCGCCCUGCAAUCCGAAGGCCGAAAAACCAAGCGAGUCGCCUGAAUCUUUCCAGCCACCCGGAAGAAAAACGGAGCCGCCGGCCGCCGAGAUUGAAGAGGUGAAGCCAAUGCAACCCGGUCCGAAGAUACAGGUCGCUUUUCCGAGCAAGCACAAAGACACGGACCCGCAACCGCCUCCCUCGGCCUUCGCCAGAAUCACCAACCGCUGGACGGAGAGUUGAAACCCGCCGAAGUGAAGGCUGGCUGGGAGACCUCGAAAGGUUCCUUUGAUCGUAGUCGCGACUUGAGAAAAGGCCGCCCCUUGGGCGUAAAGCGAGUAAAGCGGCACGUCCUUUCACACGAUCCUCUUGUCUAUUGACUCGUGCGGAAAGCGAAAGAUUGGGGGGGAGGAGCGAAAUUCACGGGAGGCGGAUUUCCAACAGGGCGAGUCAGAUGCUCCUUGGAGCAUUAACCCGGGCGAGCUUUUGUUGUUGUUGUUGUUGUUGUUGUUGAAAAGGCGGAGCAAAGGAUCGACCCACCCACCCCAAAAAAAUGUCAUGUCUAUUCAAGAGAGACCGGUAAAAAGGCGCCAAGGCAACACAGCAACACUCGUGGAGACACACAAACACACCGCCAGUCCUCCCGGUACCCACGGAGUGGUGAACAAAGUACCGGAACCAAAAAGGUCUGGCCCACGGAGCUCGACGAGCUCGUUUGAAUGCAACACCGGGGUCUUUGUACCGGGAGGCGGGACUGAGAGCGCUGCAGUCGCGGGAAUGAAGGCGCUGGCGGUAUAGACCCCAACAUGGAGUGCGUGAUUCUGGAUGCGCUCGAGGCUUUGGGAUACAAAGGCACUCUUCUGGAUGAAGAUGCUCUUAAUAAAGCAGCGGAAUGUGGGCUGGCUUCUCAAGAUUUCUGUGAGCUUUGUCUUGGUUACAUAGGAUAUUAUUUUUUGGAAGUCAUAAAUGUAAAGAGAUGUCUUUUCUUUUUUUUUCAGCUUAAGGACGUUUUGUCAAAAGUUCCAAAAGCAUACAUGGAGAAACCUCUGCUAAAAACUCCUUUGAAUACAAAGCAAAUGAAGCAGUUGGAAAAAAUCAAUGAGGCUCUUCUCACUGAAUAUGAAUGCCGCAGGCGGAUGUUAAUGAAACGUUUAGAUGUAACUGUACAGUCCUUUGGGUGGUCUGAUAGAGCUAAGGUGAAAACAGAUGAUAUUGCAAGGAUUUAUCAACCCAAACGUUACGUACUCACUUCUAAAUCAACAAUUUCAAUAGCUCAUCUUCUAGCUGCUCGUGAAGAUUUGUCAAAGAUCAUAAGAACAAGCAGUGGAUCUACGCGGGAAAAGACUAUUUGUGCAAUCAAUAAG